AUGCCCGAGCCUGCCGAUGCCAACCAGAUCGAUGCCAAGCGACGCUUCUACUGCCCGAGCCGUGUGCAAGCCUUCUGCAGCGCCUCCAACAUCCGCUCCGGCUGCACCGCCAACGGCGAGUUCCGCUCCAACGCCAUGGACACCUGCCGCGAGUGUAAAUCGAAGGAUAGUAACCGUUUGGAGUAUGGGAAUCGGGACACCGUGCUUAGACGCCGGGAUUUGCUCAUGUUCUGCGUUGUGGAAACCACCUUGGGAAUAUCACCGACUUUAUCUUGCACCAUCAUACUUGAGACUGACCCCCCGCCCAACCCCGUGACCGGCUACGUGGCCCGGCGCGAGAAUAAGUGUCCCACGAGCCACGUCUCAUCCGUUGGUGCCGACUGCACGCGCCGUGCAUCGUAG